ACUUUAUGAUUGUACCAGAAGGAUGAAAUGGUGUCUGGCCGGUGCCUUACAAAGAACAGACCUUCUUUGCUUAAUUGUGCUAUAUUAUAACCAGUUUUUGACAUGAACUGUGUCUGAGCAACUUUCCCCUAGAUAAAGCAGAACUAUGACAGUCAACAGGAAGCCAGGAGCACACACACGUCAUGAUCUUGUGAACAUGCUGAACUCUUGUAUUCUGUCUUACCUUUAAAGGAAGGCAUUCUGACAGCAUAUUACACAUGUUAUAUUUGUUUGUAUUUAGUUGUAUUGUGUGCUAUAGAGCCUAGAAGAUAAAUAACUUCUCCAUUACUCUUCUCUAAACAUCUGUAUUCUUUUGUUGAGGCAUUUAUAUUAUAUCACAUUGUAAUUAUAUUAUUUAAACUGCUGCUACUGACAGAAAGUGAAAUCAACACCCAUGGCAUGGUGGGAUUUCCCAAAGAACACAUAUUUGUGUUUGCUUUCAUUUCCAUUGUUGUUCACCAUACACUACCACUGUGUUGUACUUUUGUAUGGCAUGCUAAAAAAACGGAAUAGAUUGUUAUAGUGGAAACCUUUAACACUGAGGGAGAAAUAGUGUAAAGAUACAUGAGUGAAUGUGUGAUCUACAUGAGCAGCUCUAAUGUGGAGGAAGUCUUCGAUAUAUGACUGUGGCUGAAGAUUCCAAGUGUGAAUCAAGCAUGUGGCCGUUACUACAGUUGGUAGGAGGUUGUCACAUGGUGCAUUUCCUCUCAGUGGCACUGUAUCAAGUUCAGACCCCAUUUCCUCACCAGCCUUCCUCAGUAAGAGUAUCUGUGCCUCAUUCUCCAACUGCCAAACACGUGCCCACCUGCCUUAUUUGCCUCCCUGGUUACAAGGUAAAAAGUGGCCGUUAUCAUCCAGUCAUGACGGGGAAUUCCAACAGAACGCAGCUCGAUAAUGCCACCCUAUCACUGUUUCAGAAUGUGAAUACCAGCAAUGUCAUUUCUGCUAUAUACAUGGUUAUCACUGUCGUCAACCUGGUUGGAAAUGGCCUGUCAAUUUGGCUCCUGCUGUUUCGUACCUCCCCAAAGACUCCCACCAUCAUCUUCAUGAUUAAUCUAACUCUCACCGACUUGGCACUUGGCUUCGCCCUUCCCUUUCAGAUCUCCUACCAGUUCCAAGGAUACCACUGGAAGCUGGGUCCAAAGAUGUGCAGCUUCCUGACCCUUGUUUUCUACACCAACAUGUAUUGUUCUAUCCUGACAAUGAUGGCAAUCGGCAUUGACCGCUACCUGGGCAUUGUGAAACCCAUGACUUUCAGGAAGAACAAGAGGAGAAAGUCUGUUGCUGUCAUCAGCUGCCUCCUGAUGUGGGGUGUGGUUCUGGGUGUCCUGUACCCUCUCAUGACCACGGACCUGACCUUUGACAUCCCGGAACUUGGUAUCACUACAUGCUUUGACGUGCUGAAAAAAUCCAUGCUCCCGUCUUUAGCAGCCUGGGCGGCUUUUCUGUUCACCAUGGUGUUCCUACUGUUCCUCUUACCCUUCUGUGUCACAAUGUUCUGCUAUGUUAGCGUCAUAUAUAAGCUGUCCAGGGAUUCCAAGACAGCCCAGAAAGGAAGGGCCAUACGUCUGGCUGUUGUCGUUCUUCUGGUCUUUGUGCUGUGCUUUGCUCCUAACAACAUCCUCUUGUUGAGUCAUAGUGUCCUGAGACUCUUUUAUAACAAGUCUUUGUACAUGGCCUAUAAGCUUUCCCUCUGUUUUAGCUGUCUGAAUAGUUGUCUGGAUCCUUUUAUAUAUUACUUUGCUUCAAAAGAUUUCAGGCAGAAGUUGAGACAAAUAAUGAAUCUACAGAGCCUGAGUAGUGCAGAGUCUAUAAGGAUGGACAACAAAGAGACCUUGUACUCUGGAGAAGCAGAUUAGAAGGUGAAAAAACACAUUCAAGUGCCUUUGCUAUCCUGCAACCACCCUAGCAAUACAAAAACAAAAAAAGAUGUGAAAUGUGAAAGAAAACAAGUGACUACAAGAAAGGAGGGGUUUGAGAUUUUGCAACAUGUAUUCUUGAUUGAUAUUGCACACUCAUUUAUACAUCUCUUCCUUUGAACCAUGGAGCAAAAUAUUGAUAAUAGUUUUGAAACUAUAAUCUGUUAAACAGUGAUGAAAAUGUUUUUCACAGUAAGUCAGUAUGUUUCCUCCAUUUAUAUGUAAUCAAGUGAUUGGGCAAUGGGAAUGCCACAAGGAUGUAUACUGGGGCCAGUUAUUUAGCUUGUUUAUCCAUCAUCUUCCAUGGGUAUAUGAAAUUAUAACUUGAUAAAUACAGAUGAUACAGAUGAUUAUCAUAAGUAUAAGUCAUUGCUGAAGAUCCAAUCUCCAAUUUCAACAAACAAAAUCUGUAUCCAGGUGGUUGACUUGUUUCGACAUUAGUUUAAAAUAUUAAUUGCUGGAGAUUUUUGAACAACUUACAUAUAUUGAGAUCCUCAAAGUUUGCAGAGAACAUUGACUUGUUAUUGAACACAUACUAGUAAAGUAAAGUAAGAUUUUUAACAUUCCAUUAUUUUAUAUGAAGCAAAAAGAUUUUCCCAGUUUAAAAAUGCAAAUAGGUUUACCGGUCAUGUUUUAUUUGAACAUGACAUGAUGACUGUUCUUUUUGCAAAAUAUGUAGCAUGCAAAAACUGUGAAAUGAUGUAAAAAAUAUGUAUGUUAUGUUUAUCUAUUAUACCCACACAAUGUUUUAGUUUUAGGUUGUUGUCCUUUUAUACGUUUGUAAAAAUGGCAAUGUUCUGUGGUGUAUGAAUGUGUCAAAUUGACAGUAUUAACCUGUCUUUUUCUAAAAUACAUUAAAUAAUUUCUUCUCUGUUUUCA